UGUUUGUUUCCACUUAAAAAGAUAAGAAAAUUAAAGAUAGCGAAUUAACCUAUAUUGGCGUAAGUUCAAAAGCAACAUCCAAAGUAGAAUCGAUUAUCUUUAAAUAGCAUCCGUAUACCACUCAUAACUCCACACACCACAUAGCUUAUUACUCUUCCUUUUCAUUCUCUCAAAUACACUUCAAGUUCAAGCCGCUAUUAUUAUUUAGAGCUUAGAAGUGCUUUUAAAGAUUAUUCAUUAAUUUGCAAAAGCACGUCAGAAAUAAUCAAUAACCACGGCAACUCUAAAUCCUAACAAAUCCACAUCCAUCUCAAACCAGUUGGAUAUCAGGUACAAAAAGACGCAGUUAUGGCAGAAGAAUCACAAAUUCAAACACAAACGACUAACAAGUCGAAAAACGGCGUCGUUUUGUUUGAGAAAUACGAAAUUGGAAGAUUGUUGGGAGUUGGUGCUUCAGCGAAGGUGUACCAGGCGACGAAUGUUGAAACGGGGAAGAACGUGGCGGUGAAAGUCAUGAACAAGAAGAAACUCGUCAAUGGAGGUUUCUCGGCAAACAUUGAGCGUGAGAUCUCAAUUCUCAGUCGCCUCCACCACCCUAACAUCAUCAACCUCUUCGAAGUGCUUGCGUCAAAGAACAAAAUCUACUUCAUUGUUGAAUUGGCCUCUGCCGGCGAGCUCUUCGAAGAGGUGGCUAAAAAAGACAAACUCACAGAAGAUCACGCUCGGAGAUACUUCCGGCAGCUUAUCUCCGCCGUGAAACACUGUCACUCUCACGGUGUUUUCCACCGGGAUCUCAAACUCGAUAAUCUCUUGCUAGACGAGAAUGAUAACCUUAAGGUAACGGAUUUCGGUUUAAGCGCUGUUAAAAACCAGAUCCGUCCUGACGGUUUACUUCACACCGUUUGUGGUACACCAUCCUACGUGGCACCGGAGAUUCUCGCGAAGAAAGGCUACGACGGUGCGAAAGCUGAUAUAUGGUCCUGCGGCGUCGUUUUGUUUGCUAUUACUGCAGGAUAUUUACCGUUCAAUGAUUACAAUGUUACCGUGCUGUACCGGAAGAUCUACCGUGGUCAAUUUCGUUUCCCGAAAUGGACGUCAUGUGAUCUGAAGAAUCUCUUAUCAAGAUUGUUGGAUACGAACCCUGCCACAAGGAUUAGCGUUGAUGAAAUUCUUCAAGACCCGUGGUUCAAGUCGGGUGGAUAUAAACUAGACCGGGUUUUAGUUAAGGAACCGGAGUUGGAAGAAUCUCGAACCGGGUUUAAGUCCUUGAACGCGUUUGAUUUGAUUUCGUUUUCAACCGGGUUAGAUAUGUCGGGUAUGUUUGAGGAUCAAAACGGGUCGGGUUUAGCUGAAUGGGUUGUUUCGGCGGAGAAACCGGAGAGGAUUAUUGAGAGGGUGGAGGAGGUGGUGAAGGGAGCGACGGUGGUUGUGAAAAGACUGGAGAAUAAUGCUGGAGCAAAGUUGGAAGGGCAAGAAGGUAAUUUGCUUGGUCUUGUUAUGGUUUACCGGCUAACGGAUGAAUUCGUGGUAGUUGAAAUGAAGAAACGUGGAAAGGGGGAGGAACCUGGCAGGCAAUUGUGGAAAAAUAAAUUGCGACCUUUGCUUGUUGAGUUGGCUCACAAACCGGAAGAGCCGGUUUCCCGGUGAAUUCUGGUGUGAUUUAUUGAAAUUUGAUUAAUAAGUGUUAUUUUGGUAUCUAUUGUUUUUACUCUACGAUACCAAGUAUCAAGAUCUUUCUUUGCAUUGAGAACUUCCGUAAAAUAAAUAAAUAAUAAUUCAUUUAUAAUAA